AUGGGGGGUGUAGUUUGUGUUCCGGAAGAAACCUCUUUGUUUAUUUUUGGUCACAAACUCUUGUGGCGAGGACAAAUUGGGGUCGACGCUGUUGACGAAGUUGGUUGUUCGGCUCUACAUCUUUGCGCUGAACACGGCUACUACAGAAUGAUCAAACUACUCCUUCAGUACACUGAGGCUGUACAGCAGUACGAAACUCCUGUGAUGGAGGCCAACGGAAAAUAUCCAAGUCGCGAACACGUUGAUGAACCAUUGCGACUUGCUAUCAAGAAUGGUCACUACGAUUGCGCUCGCCUUCUACUAGAAAACGGUGCCAGUCCGAAUGCUAUUUACUUUGAUGGACCGGAAAUCACUCAUGUCAGCCCUCUCGACACCCAUUUCAUCGAACUUCUUCUCAAACACGGCGCUGACCCCAACGUCUUUGAUCGAAAAGGCCUUACUCCGAUCAUGAAAGCAUGCCGGCUGAAGGAGAACGGAAUGGAAGCCAUAAGGUUUGCAAUUUCAAGGAUGUACCAAGCCUUUCGAAAAAUUCUCCACAAGUACGGCGGUGAUGUAAACGCUCAAGCUCAUCCACGUCAGGAUUUACGUACUCCAUUGCACUAUGCACUACUCAGUGGCAGUGCUACCCUCGUAAAAUUCCUUAUUGAGCUCGGCGCCAACGUCACAAUGCCAAAGAGUUACAACAAGCCGUCGAUCAUCGAUAUCGCUGUUCUUAAAGACGACCCACAACUUCUCAAAAUCAUCAUUGACGCCGGUGCGGACGUUAAUGCCAUCCACACAUACAUUGGUUCGGCCCUUCAUUUGGCAGCUUGUUCAGUUCUUGAACAUCAAUACGAAAUUCUUCGUCUUCUCCUUGAAGCCGGAGCAGAUCCCAACAUACAACAUCGCUUUGAAGACGGCUCCCAGCUCAAAAGUCCCUUCGUGGAGUAUUUCCGUUCUAGGGACGAGGUCGAUCCGCGUGUUGUUCACUUGCUGCUGUCAUAUGGUGCAAAAGUAGUUAUGCGCAGUCCUAUCACAAAUACCCGUGGUCAGCUGAGGAACGUACUGCGCCUUGCCGCCACUCGAGAGCAGCCACAGGUACUGAAUUCAAUGUUGGAACUUGGUGAAGAUUUUGACGUUGGUGCCAUCGAUCGCCUGCCUCUGCCUCUUGCUCUGAAAGGGGACAUCCUGGAACGAGCAAGGAAUCCUGCUUCGCUGCAACAGCUCUGCCGUCUGAGCCUCCGCUCUAUGGUAUCGCCAUUUCGACCAGACGUCGUCUCACGUUUGCCUAUCCCCUCCCACAUGAAGGAGUACGUGCUUGGCAGGUCCCAUUAA